UUGUCUAGUUUGCCGCGACGUGUCAAGAAGACAUGUAUCUUCGGAGCACUUUCGGAUGGAAGUUCAAGAGAAUUUGACAGUGCUCUGUCUAGUGAUAUUACUAAGCGGAAGUUCGGUUACGCAAAGGGAGUGCAAUGACGGUGAAGUGCUCAGUAACGACGAAUGUGUUAUUGUCGAGAAAAUUAUUGAUAAUGGAUUCGAUAAUUUUCUGCCAAAGGAACCGGAAGGGCCAUACAAUAUCCGCUUGAAGACAUUCCAGUAUAAAACAACGGUGGACACGGAAUGUAUGCUAGGAGAAGCGAACAACUAUUUGCCAUGGAUGUUUUCAAAUGGGACGUUGACGGUCAGGAACCGGACGAGUGCAUUGGACUUGUCCAACUUGAAGCUGGUCGACGACGCUAUGUCCACCCUCGUGAGAAGUUUAGAUGCGUUGUCUUCGUUGAAUGAAGUUAUCUAUCUAUCGAUGGCAAAUAACCGCAUGAAUAUGCUUCCAUUGGAUAGUUUAGGAAGAUUCAAUCGUGUGGAAUACUUGUCUCUCAUGAAAAAUCCUUUCAGAGAAUUCUCUCCUGACCUUGAGGUCCGUCCCAUGAUGCCCCAUCUAGCUUCGCUGAUUGCACUGGAUAUGCGAUAUUGUCGGUUGCAAGUUCUUCCGCCGAACUUUUUCCAUGAUCUUCCCAGAUUGGAAUACCUAUUCCUAUCGCACAAUUACAUUUCCAAUCUUCCAGCAUCGCUAUUCUACUCGCUUGGCAGACUGGUUCAUUUGGAUUUGUCCCACAUGGAUAGCAAUUCACAUAGAGAAGAAGAAGCACGAAUGGACAACCCCUUCAUGAGGCUGAUUGCUGGCAUGGAUAUGGAUUCACAUAUUUUCGAACCGAUGAAAAAGUUGAGAUUUCUGGACUUGUCGUUUAGUAAGCUUGACUUAAAGGCCUUCAUGGCGAUGAGCUCCUUGGGGGAAAAACUAGAAUAUGUAAGCUAUUGCUACACCGAUCUCCCAACGCUGAUGGAUUACUUGUUUGUAAUGAAAAGUAUCAAGAUGUUGGAUCUUUCCGGAAAUGUUGGAUGCGCGAGGGCAUUAGAUGCUGAUAGCUUCCAGCUGCUCAGAGGUAGUUUGGAAGUACUGUUCUUCAAAGAUGCGAGUAUUACCCAGCUGGACUGGCUAACCGGUAUGCGGAAACUACGUGUGAUAAAUCUACGCGGAAAUUUUUUGUCUUCGUUGGAGGGUGCACCUUUGUCAGAUUUGAUUACUUUGGAGUCGUUUGAUGCUAGUCGUAAUUUCAUUCAAUCGUGGUCACACCAAAUCUUCCAGCUUAAUUACAAUAUUAAAUUACUGAACUUAAGGAACAACAAUCUGCUGAUGAUAACGAGUGGCAUGUUAAGGGAUUUUGAAAUAUUGAAAUUCAUAGCCAUCGGUGGCAACCAACUGCAGUGCACGUGCAAUUUUGUGUUUUUGCUCCACAUGGUGUUUGGAAAUAGUUCGGAUCAGAUUCAAAAUGAAAACAGUGUUUUGGAGGUGACUACAGUGCAGCCAAUUUAUGCCGUUGCACAUGUGAACUUGUAUGAUUAUAGUGAAGAGGAUUACCUUUGCAUGAAUUUUACUAGCAAAAAAAAGUUAAAUACCAUCAAUCUGCCCAUUUGCGGAAGUGAAGACGAGGGAACUUAUUCGAAUGUUAGUGAAGGAAAUAUUCCUGAAUCGGUGGAAGAUAUAAUUGAAGAGUACGUUGUGAUCUACAUUGUGGCGAGUGUGUUGGUAACGUUGGCACUUGUAAUAGCGUUCAUGAUCUAUAGAAAUUGGUUUUAUAUAAAGUAUUUCUUUGUACUGCUGAAAAAUUCUGCGAUUCUAAGUUUUUUCGACGAUGAUAAAGUAUAUCUGGACAAAAGUUGUUCUGAAGAAAAUGAUUCUUAUCAGUAUGACGUGUUUGUGAGCUACAGCGAUAACGACAGGGCUUGGGUUUUAGAUGAAAUGUUGCCCAAUUUGGAGCAGGAGGAUUUAAUCACAGUUUGCUUACAUGAGAGAGAUUUUGAGGUAGGAUACGGAAUUUUGGAGAACAUCAUCUCCUGUAUGGACCGUUCACGUUGCCUAAUGCUAAUAGUUUCGGAAUCAUUCCUACUGAGUCGGUGGUGUCAAUUUGAGAUGCACCUGGCACAACAUCGGCUUCUGGAGACGCGUCGUGACGAGCUUAUUUUGGUACUGCUGGAAGAUAUCCCUAGGCGCAAGUGUCCGAAGACGCUUAGUUAUCUGAUGAAGACAAAAACCUACAUCCAGUGGCCGCGACAACAAACGCGUGACCGAGAGCUUUUCUGGAAGCGUUUGCGCAAAGCUCUCAUGACGACUAGGUGCUGAAUAGCUAUCGGAAGCUUUAUCAAUGUAUGUGAGCUGUGGUGAAGAUGGGCAGUAUACGGUUAGGGGAAUUUUCGAUACUCGAUUAUUUUCUGCAUAGAUUUGGAUUUUUAAAUAAUGUGAUUGAUUAUAUGUGACUGAAUAGUGAAGCAUUUAUUAACUGAAUAGUCAAUAAAGCUCAUAUUAAAA